CUCGUACCGGAAGCGGAAGCGCGGCGGGCCCGGAGCCGGCGGCGGGCAGAUGGCGGAGUGCGGGCCGCAACCCCCCGGGGCUGGAGGUGGCGGAGGAGGAGGAGGAGGCGGGAGCGGGGGUGCUGGGGCGCCCAGCCGGCACGAGAAGAGCCUGGGGCUGCUCACCACCAAGUUCGUGUCGCUGUUGCAGGAGGCCAAGGACGGCGUGCUGGAUCUGAAGCUGGCUGCAGAUACCUUGGCUGUGCGACAGAAACGACGGAUCUAUGAUAUCACAAAUGUCCUGGAAGGGAUUGGGCUGAUUGAGAAGAAAUCAAAGAACAGUAUCCAGUGGAAAGGGGUGGGUCCUGGCUGCAACACGCGUGAGAUUGCUCACAAGCUUAUUGAGCUGAAGGCAGACAUAGAGGACCUGGAGCAGCAGGAACAGGAGCUGGAGAAGCAGAAGAUGUGGGUUCAGCAGAGCAUCAAAAAUGUCACAGAAGACGUGCAGAACAACUGGCUAGCCUAUGUGACACACGAAGACAUCUGCAAGUGCUUCACAGGAGACACCCUCCUUGCAAUUCGAGCCCCAUCAGGCACACGCCUGGAGGUUCCAGUCCCUGAGGGCCCAAGUAGAAAAAAGAAAUAUCAGAUCCAUCUGAAGAGCACCAGCGGUCCAAUUGACGUUCUCCUAGUAAACAAAGAUGCUUGGAGCUCUCCUCCUGUAGUGCUGCCUGUCCCUCCUCCUGAAGACCUCAUCCAGUGCCAGGCGGUUGCACCCUCGAAGCCACAGGUACCGCCUCUUGCCCACUUCCAGGAGGCAUCCGUUCCCAGCAGCACCCAGCCCUCUACGCCAACACCUUCCAGCACUCAGGAUCACAGCCCUCCUGAGCAGAAAGACACGAGCACAGAAUGCAGCGUCUCAGUGGCGGAGUCCAAGAGCAGCAGUGACCUUGAGCCCCUCAGCAACGUGUCUGCACCCAGCGGCCAGACGGCCCGGCUGGACACGCAGCUGCUGCAGUCCUCUGCCUCGCUGGACAGCAGCUCCGUCCUACCCAGCCCCUCUGCCUCUUUUGAGCCAAUCAAACCUGAUCCCACAGGGAUGCUGGAGCUUCCCAAAGAGCUGUCAGAGAUGUUUGAUCCCACGAGAGAAUGUAUGAACUCUGAGCUGCUGGAAGAGCUGAUGUCGUCUGAAGUGUUCGCUCCUUUGCUCCGCCUCUCCCCCCCUCCUGGAGAUCACGACUACAUCUACAACCUGGAUGAGAGCGAAGGCGUCUGUGACCUCUUCGAUGUGCCUGUCCUCAACCUCUGACUUGUCAGCGCGGCCGUGAGCCUCGCGCAGACAGACCGUUUUGUAACUCUUUGGAAAGCGUCUAUUUUUGGAUUCCUUUUGUGCUAGAGCUGGACGAGUGAGCGCAUCAGAGAUACUCUCAUAUGAACUCAGAACCAAGAGAUGUGGACUCGGAGGCCGGGAGCCUCCCCGUCACUUCUUUCUCUUCCUGUCUUGCACGUGCAAGGACUGAACUCGCCUCGCUGCAUCUCUCUCUUCACCGGGUUCUGGGCGUCGCUUCGCAGGGUCUGUGAUUUGUUGAGUUUGCCCAGGUGCCUCUCCGAGCUUCCUCAGAUCUGCAUGCCUUGGUUUUCCUGCACUCCUAGAGGCACUUUGCACCUCCUAGGUACCAGCUGCUACACGGAGCCCUGAUAGCGUGGUCGGUUCACAGGCCCGGAGGUAGUUAGUUGUGGUGUGGGGCGGUUCUAUUGUAGAAUGGCAUCGACACAAAAACAAACCAACGGCACCGAAGGGUCCAUUUGUCCCAGUGACUCCAAACCAAGCUAGUACGUUUUACAAGACAUAAAGCACUUUUCUCUGUUGGCUGCCCCUCCCAGGAGGACCCGGGAGCUGAGCUGAGAGUUUCCCUGCUGUGCCUCAGCAGGAAUGCUGCUUCUCCCGUGGUGGUUGCUCACCAGAUGCGCGGCCCACGGGGUGCAGCGCCUUGUACAGCAGCUGUGCGGUGCCCACAGGGCUGAAGAAGGGGUGCCAGUGUUGUGUUUUUUUUUUUUUCCUUACGAGUUGCUUGAAAGGAUAAGACUGCUCCAGCUGGUGCCUUUAAGGUAUUCCAACUACAUCAGACACCGCUCGUAUUAGCAUCUAACUAUUCUCCAGCCAUUGCACUUGAGCCUUCAACUGUUGUAAAGGCGACCAAGCAGGAAUGAUUCAGUAGUACUUUGCCACGACGAGUUUCACAGGUGUUGUCACGGUAGUGUUUUGUUCCCCCCCCUCUGUUGUUUUCCUUCCUUUUUAGCAUGUGCUCAGGGUCGGCCUUCCUAGAGACAUGAAUUUGCUCCGGUGUUCAGACCGCGCUCCCCGAUCCUGUGGCAGGUUGCUGCACAGCGCCAUGCCUCCCUGCAUCUUUUUUGUCACGAGGUUGCUCUUCGAUGGAAGGUCUGUAGAGGUGGCUUUGGAGCGUUUUUAUUCUUUCUUUCUUUUUGGAUGGACAGCUGUGGAGCCUGUGCAUUUUCUUAUUUUUAUUUUUUAUUUUUUUGCUGUUGUUGGAGUAAAAAAGCCCUCCUGGAUUCGUCGUACUUUGCAAACCCCCGCGUUGCUUUUUUGGGUCAGAUCUGACUGUCAGUUUUGCACAUCUUCCCGCCAACGCAGCGCUCGCAGCCGUCCCACGCAGCCUUUCCUGCUCUGCAAACUGCCAGAGGGAAGGCCAGCUCCUCGCAGCCGGCACCAGCAGUGAUGGGAUACGAGCGGGCCGUACCCAACGCUUGGCGCCUGCAGAGGUGAGGAGGCCGUACGCUUGGCUCCUUCCUUCCCAGAGCGUCUCCUGGUGCUGUUAUGUUCUCGGUGGGGCUCCUCCAGCAGACCUGCUCCAUUCUGCAGCGCGGGACGAGCCAGCGCCCCGUAGGAAAAGCGCAAUGAAUUGGAUAGGAACGGACAACCUCGAACCCUUUCUAGCUGAGGGCAGCGGGCGGCGCUGGGGGGAGAUGGAGACGUGUGGGUGCUGAGCGUUGGGGCCCACGUGCUGUCCCGCAGCCCUCCUUCCCUCUGGCGCUCCCAACCUUCGCUCCCUCUUCGUGUUAACGUUCACCACCGCUUUGGGAAAAAAAGAAAAAAAGAAAAAGGAAAAAAAAAAAAAAAAAGAUGUAGAGAAGAUGAACAGAUGAACUUUGAUUCCUAUAUAAAGAUUAUUUUUAUACUUUUUGUUUUUUGUUUUUUUUGUUUUGCAAAGGAAAAGAAAAUGGCCUGUAAUAUUUGUACAGUUGUUGAGUGAAUAAACGAACCCUUUCCAGAG